AUGGAUGCAUUUGCAGCACCUGAAAAUGAGUCGCUGUUGCCCAGUUCCUCUGGUCCUGACAGGUGGGAUCCUUUCCGCCGUCCCCUGGACUCCAUCCAGCCCUGGCACUUCAGGCUUCUGGCAGCAAUAAUGUUGGUGGUGACCUCCCUGUCGCUUGCUGAGAACCUGGCUGUAAUCCUGGUAACUUUUAAGUUCAAGCAAUUGAGACAACCUGUCAAUUACGUUAUAGUCAAUUUGUCUGUGGCUGAUUUCCUGGUCUCACUGACUGGUGGCACCAUCAGCUUUUUAACGAAUCUGAAAGGUUAUUUUUACAUGGGAUACUGGGCUUGUGUAUUGGAAGGAUUUGCCGUCACAUUUUUUGGCAUCGUUGCUCUCUGGUCUCUUGCUCUGUUGGCUUUUGAACGGUACAUUGUGAUCUGCCGCCCUUUGGGAAAUACGCGCCUGAGGGGGAAGCAUGCAGCCCUAGGCAUUGCCUUUGUGUGGACCUUUUCCUUCAUUUGGACCAUUCCACCAACAAUGGGCUGGAGCAGUUACACCACCAGUAAGAUUGGAACUACUUGUGAGCCCAACUGGUACUCGGGAGCUUAUACUGACCAUACGUACAUUAUUGCAUUCUUCACCACCUGCUUUAUAGUGCCUUUAUUGGUGAUUUUGGUAUCCUAUGGAAAACUGAUGCGGAAGCUACGAAAGGUGUCAGAUACACAAGGCAGGCUGGGAACUACCAGGAAACCUGAAAGACAAGUGACCAGAAUGGUGGUUGUUAUGAUUGUUGCCUUUCUAAUCUGCUGGACGCCGUACGCCGCCUUUUCUAUCCUGGUGACUGCGUACCCCUCCAUUGAGCUGGAUCCUCGUCUGGCGGCAAUUCCAGCUUUCUUUUCCAAGACAGCUACUGUUUAUAAUCCAAUUAUUUAUGUCUUUAUGAACAAACAGUUCAGGAAGUGUCUGAUUCAGAUGUUCAGCUGCAGUGCCAUCGAAACUGCAGAGUCCAACAUGAACCCAACCUCAGAGAGAGCGAUGCUAACCCAGGACAAACGAGGCAGUGAGAUGUCCACCAUGGCAGUACGUAGCACCAUCUCUAAGAGGAAAAUUGGAGAUGAACACAGGAAUUGCCGAUCUUUUGCUCAGUUGGAAGCUUCAGAAAACAAAAUCUGUCCCAUGUAGGGUGGGAGAUAUGACCAUUAGCGCAGUGCUGCAUCAUAUUUCCUAGUUACCACCACUUCAUAAAAAAAAUGCUGUCAGUGGGGACAUGAUGCUCCUGUGGACACUGGCUUUUGAGAUUCUGGGCUCCUGAGUGCUUGUAAGAGUUUCUUGGCUCUGCAGUUGCAGUAAAACACCCAGCCAUGAGGUCAGUCCCUUCCUCCUCUGUGGUGCUCUUCCCAAUCCACAGCCUGCUUCUUCCUGAAAAUGACGUCGGGAGCCCCGUGUUGCUCUGCUGGCUGUAACACAGCAAGGAUAGGAGAGCUUUACAGUGGUGAUGGCGCCUUGGUACUCUGGACAAAAACUUGAAGUGGCGCAUGGCUUCAAUAUGCUAAUGGUCAAAUAAGUAAUAUAUAGCACCCAGCUGACUCCGUUUCAACCAAAGGAGGUUCAGGGAGGAACAGGUCUGAGUGCUUUUUUGGUUUGUUUGGGUCUUUUCACUAAAAAAGCAGAGAAAGCCAGAGACUUCUGCAGUUAUGUCCUUGAUGAGAACCUCAUCUGGGCCACUAAAAUCUCCAUCAGCUUGGACAAGCCAUUCAGACUCCCAAGCACUAUUUUACUACAACAGGCCCUGUCAACAGCUGUUCAUAUCCUCUUUCUGCAUUCCCUCUUUGUCAAGAAAAUCUUCUGUGCUCGUGGCAGCUUUUGAAGUAAACUAAUUUGGCCUAGAUGAUCAUUGAAGGUCCCUUCCAACUGAACUAUUCUAUUAACUCAACUUUAGAAGAGGAGCUAGUAGGGUAUAGGAAAGAAUAACUGUGCAGGAGAAGGGGCCAGUACACAGCUUAGAGUUGUGAAGCUGAGCUUUGAGGGGCAGAAGUUUUUCCCGUAUGUGCCUGCACUGUGCAGAGCUCACAUCUGUCAUGGUCUUGAGACCAUGUAGCUCUAGGUGACAACUAUAAUUUCUGUUUCUUAAUAAUUACAAUUUUCAGAAAUCAGUGGUUAGAGAAUACAAACAUUAUGCAUGUGCUGGGCCACCUUACGUUGGAGCAUGUUGGAUGUCUGUGUUUUCCACUUGCACAUUUUUACUUUUCUCACGCUGGGCCGGGGCCUGCUUCUCCAGCACAAACAACAUCCCGGCCCAGUGGGCAACCUGCAGCAGCCAGUGGCACCACGCUGCUCUUCUCCUUGGAGGAGCACUUGUGUCUCUGUCCCUGCAGUCCUUUAAUUCCUGUUUCUGAUGAAGUCACAUCCUCACUACUUUUAAUUGAGCUACUGAUCCUGGCAUAAAUCAUUAACUCGUCAUUACGCCUUUCGUGUCAGAAGUAAGGAGUGCAACAUAAAUACACUUUCUGUAAACAGUGAAAAAGAACGGAAAUUGCCAGCUUUCCAUGGUUGUAUUCCAUCUCAUAUAUUUAAUUCACACAAUGACAUGCAGCAAUAUACUUAGAUUUAGAGGAAUGUCACUUAGGCACAGGCAAAACCAAAUCAGGCCAUGAGCAUAAUAAAGAUAGUGUUUUAAACAGCCAUUGGUGAGCAUCGUAUGAAAUGUGGCUAAGACUCGGCAUAUCAGAUUUUGAGUCCUGUGUAAGAUCUAUACUUAACUGAAUGCAUUGUAGAGGAAAAGGCAAUGGCUGAUGAUAUUUAAAUGUUUUAGUGUGGAAAAAUGUUAUUUCUAGAUGAGACAUUAAUACAGUGCCAGUCGAAACAAAUGUUGCUCCAUAAUUGUAUACAGAAGCUACACCAGCUACACACUGUACAGGCCUUAGCGAUAGAAAUGUGAUAUGGAAUGAACCAUCCAGUGUUCGGGUUUACUUCAAAAAAUUAUGGUUUCUUUACACAGAAUAAAAACAUUUUCUUUCUACCAGAUUUUUUCUUCUCUUUUUAUUUUGUUAAGUUACAUUUUGAAAAACAAUAUUACCCUGAGAAGGAAUGACAGGCUACCUGA